GUUGGCCUGCACGUCACGCGCUACGGUCGUUCGGGCUUGCUCCCGUUCUGCUGUCCAGCUCCGCCUGCGUCGUCUCGCCGCCUUCCAUUCGAGCGUCCUCUUUUUAGUUCGCAUUCGCACCCCACAAAGGGUAAACAAAUUCCCCAAUCCCCCACGCUUUUCUGCUCCGCCACCUCUAAAUCCGACUAAUCGAGGCGACUUCUUGGAGAGAUUGGUAUUGAUUCGGUGUGAUUAUUUUUGGCUGGAUUGGAGCGUGGAAUAAGAUGGACGAAUUCGAGCUGGAGGAUAACCUAGAGUUCAUCCUCCAGAGCAUCCAGGAGCUCAUAGAGGAUCAGGGGGAGAACAAUCCCUUCGGCGAGGUCAACCAGAAUGAGCUCCUCGCCAACCUCGUCAACUAUGACCAGGACAACUUGAUGCCGGACGUGUCCGUGGAGGACGUAGUGAACGGGAAGGACGUGCAGGGGAUUCCGUGGGAAAAGAUGCUGUUCCCGAGGGAUCAGUACCGGGAGAUGAAGAUGAAGGGCUACAAGAACUAUCAGAACCUCAGUUAUGCCCGGGAGGAUGCUUUGCAGGAUUGCAAACAAGUUGAGAGGGACGGCCCUUACUACGAUUUUCAGUACAACACGAGGCGUGCGCGACUGUCAAUUGUGCAUUUUCAGUUGCAGUUGAGGAAUUUGGUCUGGGCAACAACCAAGCAUGAUGUUUAUACAGUACACAAUCAAUCAAUGACACACUGGUCAUCACUAAACCAGAUAAGCACUGAGCUAAUCAAUGGUGAUGAUUGCAUUAUACCAAAACAGAGAGGGCAUGGUUCACAAUCUGUCUCAAUGGUCCAGUUCACAACUAUGGCUGUAGAUAAUGAUUUAUUGGUAGUUGGUGGUUUCCAUGGAGAGCUUAUAUGCAAGCGUCUGGAGGAUGAUGGGAUAGUUUUCAGCACGAGAGUUACAGAUGAUGAGAAUGCUAUAACCAACUCUUUAGAGAUAUACCAGGAUCCCAAUGGAUCAAGACGGUUGGUGGUUGCUAAUAAUGACUGCUCUGUCAGAAUUUUUGAUACCAAGUAUUUUGACCUACUUAAUCACUAUGUUUUCCCAUGGUCUGUGAAUAGUGUUUCGGUUAACCCUGAUGGAACACUUUUUGCUGUCCUUGGUGAUCACGAGGAUGGCUUGGUAGUGGAUCCCAAGUGUGGGAAGCCGAUUGGUAAAGUUAGAGGCCAUUUGGAUUACUCAUUCUCAUCUGCGUGGCACCCAGAUGGCAAUAUAUUGGCUACCGGGAGUCAAGACACAACAUGUCGGCUGUGGGACAUUAGAAACCUAUCACAAUCCUUGGCUGUCCUUGGUGGAAGGCUAGGCUCAAUACGUUGCAUCAAAUUCUCUUCAGAUGGCCGCUUUUUGGCAACAGCAGAGCCUAUAGAUUUCGUUCACAUCUAUGAUUGUUUUGCCGAUUAUGGCAAAUCUCAUGAGAUUGACUUUUUUGGUGAAAUAGCUGGUUUGUCAUUCAGCCCAGACACAGAGGCCUUCUAUAUUGGCGUAGCAGACCAAACAUAUGGAGGCCUCAUGGAGUUCAAGAGGAGGCACCAGCAUCAUUACUUGAACUGCCUGUGGUGAUGCCUUUUGGUUAGCACAGUUUGCUUUUGCAGUUCCUUUAUUCGCGACUGAUUGAUCGUUUGACUGUGCUGCAAAAACUGCAUGGUUUUAGUCAAGGCAACCGGUGAGGAACUCAUUGGGGCAACGUGAUUAGUGAUUUGCUGCCGCACCUUAAGCUCACUCCAGAUAAAUGAGCUGGAGCUGUAUAAAUUUCUGUUCUGUCUUGUUGCUGUCUAGGAACCGACGGGGAUUGUGAUAGUUAAUGUGUAGUCUUGCAUUCCAUUUUAUCAAAUCAAUGUACAUAGUUGGGGCUUUAUCUGUACUAUGCUUUUUUCUUUUUGAACGGGACUAGUAAGCGUGCAUGUGCUACACACGUCUCUAA